AUGAGUUAUUAUCAUAUCAAGGGAACGGAAUUAUCUAUUCCACCAAUUGCUGAAAAGAUUCUUAAAAACAAGACCAGGGGGUUAGGAGCCGAUGUCGACGAAGAAAGAAAGAAGGUUAAGUAUCCUGAGUUUUUAGCUCACUAUCAACCAGACGAAGAAGGUAAAUACAAAAAUGUUAAGAAUGAAGACGGGGCUAAAAAUGAUAAAGGACAUUUAGGUGAUCCAACUUUUAAAAAUUUAUUUCCAGCAGAUAAAAAGGUCACUACUAGAAAUCUCUCUCCAGACUUUGGUACUGAAGUCGAAGGUAUUCAACUUAGUGAAUUAGAUGAACAAGGUAAAAAUGACUUGGCCCUUUACUUGGAAACAAGAGGGUUGGUAGUUUUUAGAGAUCAAGAUUUUAGAGAUAAAGGUGGUGAUUUUGCAGUCAAUUUUGGUAAGCAUUUUGGCCCUUUACACAUUCACCCCAUUAGUAUUUCAGCGGAAAAUAAUCCGGAGCUAUUAGUCACUUACAGACAGGGUGGAGACUCGAGUAGAUACGAUAAAGAGUUUUCUUCAAAAGGUGAUACUACUGGCUGGCACAGUGAUAUCUCUUUUGAAGAAUAUCCAGCUUCUUUUUCUUUUUUUGUUGCUUUAGAGGUUCCUCCUUCCGGUGGUGAUACGGUCUUUAUUGAUACAAGAGAGGCUUACAGAAGAUUAUCACCAGCUUAUCAAAAUUUUUUAGAAGGCUUGACUGCAAUCCAUUCUAAUUAUUUUCAAAACGUUUUAGGAAGACUCACUAAUACAGUUGCAAAAAUUAAAGAAGACUAUUAUACUGAGCAUCCCUUGGUAAGAACUCAUCCAGUUACUGGAGAAAAGAGUUUAUUCUUUUCCAGAGGCUUUGUUCAAGGGAUCAAAGGUUUGAAAGAUAAAGAAUCUGCGUCGGUUUUGAAUUUCUUGGAUCAUCAUCUUGCUACUAAUCUUGACAUUCAAGUUCGUGCUAAUCAUAUUGGUGGUUCCAAAUUGAACUCAAAAUCAGUUAUUGCUUGGGAUAAUCGGCUUGCUGUUCAUAGUGCAACCCUUGACUAUUUACGCAGUACCACCGAAAGACGUCACCAUUAUAGAAUCACAGUCUUGGGCGAAAAACCUUACUUGGAUAAAUCAGAAGGUGAGUCUUCUAAUGGACACGCUAAUGGCCAUUCUAAUGGUCAUUCUAACGGCUUGAAAGAACAUCAGAAUGGGGAUGGGAUUUCCAAGCUUAAGUUGGAUGAUGAGUGAAAAUCCUGUUCGAUGAGUUGAUCUUAGCUGAACAGAAGUAGACUAAAAGAUAGCUCUUCUUUGAUAUGUAUUUGUGUAUUUAAA